CAACUCAAAGACGUUUCACGUGUCAGGUCUUUCGUAUGACAUUCAUGUGCAUGGAAAGCAUUUGUUCAUGAGGAAUAUUUGACUGUUUCUGUUGCUGGUCGAACUGCUUCCAAAUGGAUUUAAUCAUACUCCACCAAUUCAUAACCUUUUUAUCAAUUUUGUGUUCGAUUCAAAGAACAGAUUCUCACGUUCUUUCACAUGAGGACGCUCGAAGCGUUAAUGAUCUACCGGCUCCAGAAUCUUUUGUUGAUAGUUUGUUCGAGACGUAUGGAAAGAAUAAAUCGGUGAUGACUCAGGCAGAGUUCAGCUCUUUGUUGAAAGUACUUAAAGUUGGUUCUAUUUCAAGAGAAACGACAAGUUCUGCUGAAUUGGCGGAGGAGAAUGGAGUGAAAAACGGAUAUCCUAAGGUAGGCCUUCCAUUGAAGCAGCCUGGGAUUCUCUUAAAUUACUAGCACUUUAGCUAUGAAAUGUAUUGUUUGUGAAUCGUAGCCUUCGGUUUUAGCAUGAAGUUCUCCAACUUACUUUAAAGAUGAAUUGCAUUUACUAUUUUGAAGAAAAGUCCCCUUUUUGUGUCUCCUCUCCGAUUAUCAAACAAUUGAACUCCGCAGCCGUGAUUAAAUUAAGUCGUAAAUUCUUCGCGAUCAAUUAAAAGAUUAGAUCAUAAGGAAGUCGUAUAUUUCAGGAAACUAACCUCUUAAAACGAGAUGGUCUAACUUGCCUUAAUUAUCUAUAAUGUGUUUAUGUUUUUAAAAGAAAGACCUUUUCGUGUUCCAUCCUUUAUGUUCAAACAACUCACGAGGGUUGCUGUAGAUCACUAGAAAAAUAGAACUGAGGUUACUAAUAAGUCAUUUAAAGUGGAUCUCCUGAUAAAAAUGUGCAAAUUUUACGGUUUACAGUUGAAAUGUGGUACUAAAUCGAAAAUUUAUCAUUUGAGGUUGAAGUUGUUACUAAUUAUGUUUUAACAUGCGGGCUUUGCCUAGGCUUCCCUAGUGUGGCAAUGCAUUCACACGUGGCAUAGACAAUUUAAUGAAAGUUAAGGUACCGCAGUGAUUCUAUCUCUUUGCACUGUACACUAAUCCUCCUUUAAUACAUUUGUAGAUAUAAGUUUGGUUUGGAUAUAACCUUUGGAAGAUAACUCGUGAUUUCAGUAGUCGUGCUUCCACAUGAAGUGACAUUUUGGCUAGUGGAUUAAUUAGUGCUCUUCAACUAAGGAAACUGCUUUGUUCCGAUAUUUAAUGAGUAUCGCUUGAAAAGCCGUUAAUGUGAAAUCAUGAGAGCUGCAAAUUUACAUGAAGUCUCAGUUAAAGUGUAUAUUUAUUUAUAUGAUUUGAGGCGGUUUUGGAUUGAAAAGUUUUAAUCGAUAUCAUAGUCAAAACUGCCAAGACUGCACACUAACAAUAGGUGAUAUAUGACCCAUCAGACUACUACCUUGAAGUGUAAUUGUGAAGGUCAUGCCCCGAUGAUGCAAACAAAUUUUUUUUAAAUUUAUAUUUAUGUGGCAGUUUUUGAUUGUUAAUAUUGUCGUUUACUUUGGAUCUUAAACUUAGAGACUGUACACUGAACCCUUUCACUUGAAAUUCUCCUUACUGUCUGCUAUAGAGAUCUUAAGGAUGUUAGUUCAGAGAAUUUGAUAUGUGAUCAACUAAUGAUCCCCUAAUUGAUAUUUUUCUUGAAUCUCAUCACUUCUCUUUUUGAUAUUGUUGGAAGAAAUUCUGUCUUGAUCACUUGUGGGUAACUGGUGAUAUCUAAUGCAGGGUGAUGAUUGGUUCAAAUGACUUUCUUGAGAUUAUAUUGCAUGAGUCAUGUGCUGAAGAGGUCAAGCUUUUUUUUUAUUUGUAUUUUCACAACAGAUUAUUACUGGCUCUCAUAAUUCAUAUGGCUAUGUGAACUUUAAGACUACACACUAGACUGGAAAAUUAUAUUUUGUGAAAAGAAUAUUAUUUCAUAUGACCUCCUCAAACUUUUGUUCCAUAAGUCAUGUGCUUACUGGUAAGACACCAAUCUUGUACAUGCAUGUGGCAAUCAUAUCCAAAGGAUUUUUGCUUGUGUAGAAAUUUUUUUAAAAAGACAGCCUAGUGACAAUACUUGCUACAUGUUAGUUUUCCUUGUGAACAUUAUAUCAGGUAUUCCUUACCAAAUAUUUCUUGGUCUCAUAACUGUUCUUUCAAUAAUUUUUUUUAUCCAAUAUCUUAACCUUUAGAAUUAUAUUUUCUCAAAAAAAACAAAACAAAAAAAAAGACAUACAAAUACAGAUAUAAAAAAAAUUAGUUUAUUGUUAGCUUAAUCAGUUUGAAUCACUUGAAUUGUGGAUUUUUCCUGAUGAGAGGAAAUCUGGAAAACUCAGAGGAGAGUCCUUGGAGCAAGGAUAGGAACUCACAGGAAGCAGGAAUUAACCCUUGUACUCCCAAGAUCUCAGUAGUAAUUCUCCUUACCCUAAUUGCCAUACAGUUGUUAUGAUGUUCAUUGUUGAAUUUAGUAAAUGGAUUGAUCUAUAGUCCCCCAAUUGAUAUUUUUUUCUAUUUUCAUGAAUAUUCUGCUUGUCUACUUGAUAUUGUUUGGAUAUUGUAAGGAGAAGUUCUGUCCUGGUCACUUAUGGGACAUAAAGGAUUAAAGUUGUGCAGUAUCCCUGCUCCCCUAAUCUCAUGGUUAUGUGGAUAGGUAGAGAGUAAGGAAAAUAUAAAGAAUGAAUUACACUUAAAAAGUCUAGAAGAAAAUUUCAUAAAUUUUUCAAACUGUUUCUUUUGGCUGAUGCCCUGUUUUUUCCUUCAGAAUUUGUAGAAGCAGGAAAAAAGAAAGGUUUACUUUUUUACACUUUUUUCUCUUCAUCAAAGAGUCUAAUAAUGAAUCAAUUUUUUUUACCUUUCACAAUUAAGAAAGAAAGUCUCCCCUCCCCCACAAAAUGAUUUUGUAAGUCUGGGCAAAAUGUGUGACAUGCUUACAAUGUAUGGGAGCUUGUGUGAAUAAUUUUUGUCUUUUCUUGAAGUAUUAAUAAUAAUUGCAACUGUACUUUGACAUUUUGAUAUUAAUUUUUGUUUCAAUCCAGUGCUAUUCAGCUAAAGUAUUGUUUGAAAUCUUUAACGUCAAGUCUACUGGCUUAAAUCAAAGAAGAUUUGAAGAAAUAUGUCCAGCAAUAGUUGAACAAAUUGAAAGUAAGGCUUGCCUUGCAGAAGGAAAUGAAGAAGAGAAAAAAGAGGUGAAACAAGGAAGGGCUCAAGGUAAUUAAGUAUCUUGUCUAAAAUAAUCUUUCUCCAACAAACUUUACUUAUGUUUUCAUUUUACUUUUUCUCUAAAGAUUCUGAUAAUCAGAGGCAAAAGAGAACAUAAAUUUAACUGGUUGGAAAAAAUUAAAAUUCAACAAAGAAGAACCACUUGACUGUACUACAUAUACACGAACAUACAGAUACUGUCACAGUGUGUAUAUCACACUCUUGCUAAAUUUUUAGUCUGAAAAUAAGUGUCAUUCUGUUAGGAAAAUGGCAAGUUUUUGAGGGGAAAAAUUUUAUAGCAGUCUGAAAAUUUUUAGCCAAAUGUUGUCUUGAAUUAUUGUUUACUCAGCUGCAGAGAACUGGUUUAGGAAAGCUCUUGGGAUACUUUAUUUCACCAAAGUAGUGCGCAUGAUUCAAUAAAAGGCAAAACAUCUUCAAAGAAUAGUGGAAUAUAGCUGCCCCCUCCUUGGAAUUCAAUAAUUGAUUACAUCCAAACCAGUAUUCUUGCGGUGAUGCUAUGAAAAUCAACCAGAUGAGGACUAAGUGGUGUUUUCUUUCAAACCAAACUGUUAUUUUACACGUCUUGCUUGACAUAAGAGAAAACACUGUUGAAAACAUCAUGUGAAGGGAUUUUUUUUGUGACAGAAGAAAUUUAUAAUAUUCGUCUCUAGGUGGAAAUUGUUAAAGAGUUAUUUUUGCAGUUAUUUUCUAUUCUUAUUUUAAGGCUCAUGUCUUAUUUUUUUUCAGCCUGGGGUUAUGGGUUCUUGUCGGUAACAAUAAUCAGCUGCGCUUCUCUACUUGGAGCCUUUGUUGUUCCAUUUAUGAACCGAUCAUUUUAUAAGAUUCUCUUGUUACUUAUGGUAUCUCUUGCUGUUGGUGUAUUGAGUGGCAGUGGAAUCUUUCAUCUUAUUCCACACGUAAGUGUUAACUACAAAAUAUCAAUAUUGAUCAGCCUUUGUGCACUGCAAUAAAAUUGAUAUUUUUUUACCAUUCUUCUCCUGGAAACUUCUAUAAUGUUGUAACUCUACUUCACUGUUCAAGGUAAGCAAUUAAAACAUGAUUGGUAAUAAUGAUAAUGAAAAUAUAAUAUAUCUUUUAAGAGGAAGCCAUCAGCACUGCAAGUGCUUUUCACUGGGGUCCUUUGAAAAUAGAAUGUAAAAAAUAAUUCAACAAAAAAGCUUUGAAAAUAGAAUGUAAAAAAUAAUUCAACAAAAAAGCUAUGAAAAUAAAAAAUGCAAUACAAAUAAAAACAAGCUUAAGACAAGCAUGUAAAAAUUUAUUUAGAUUCCUUGUAGAAAUUGCUGUGAUUUUAACAAGAAGUGUUCAAUUUAUUGUACAUUUUCGUCAAACAGACAUUUGGCCUCGGCACUGAUGGUGAUACAGCAUAUCUAUGGAAAUGUUUGGUGAUUGCCUUUGGUGUCUACUUAUUCUUUUUCUUGGAAUACGUCAUGAAAAUGAUUGUCAGAUUCAAGCAGAAGUCUUCAUGUGAAAGUGAAGAAGGACUGGUAUGUCAAAUGAUGAAUAUUUAACUUAACAAAUGUUCUGACAAUUUUGUUUCUGCACAUUUCUUACUUCAGACUGCAAGUGAUUCAGGAAUGGGUUCUUGGGUUUUAAAUAUACCCUAUCUCUGUUACACCCUAGGGAGAUUGUUAAAGAUGGGAUCACAGUGAUUUAGACCUUAGGGUUUAAGUUUUAACAAUAAAAGUUCUGAUCUACGCAGAAGUUUUAUCAAAGUACAGAAACAUAAAACUGUGUCAUUUAGGGCUUACGUGAUGAUGUAAUAUAGUUAAAGGAAGGGAAAACCUGUUUGAGAUGAAGGAGUUUAAUACUGAUGUACAUGUGAAAAGAAUCUAUGUGUAAAAUUUUGUAGUCUAGGAUUUACCAAUAAACUAACUGAGCAAAUUACUUGUCAUCUUUGCCCUUAAGAAUGGUUGUUUUCAGGAUUCCAAGCUCAUGUUUUUCAAUCAAGUCACCAUUUGGAAAACUGAAAUAGAUACCAAAGGUCAUAGACACUAAGGGUAAAAUUUUAGUCACCAGGAAAGGAAAAAAAGUGAAGAAGGACACUCUGUGAAAUGUAAUAUCACCAUUAAGACCAUAAACACCUAGAAUUAAGGACAGCUCAGCAUGUGCAUGACUGUCAAACACUGCUUAACAAAUUGAUACCUCUCACCAAAAUAAAGGUGCCAAUUUUUAUGAUACUAUCCACAGUUUAGAGUGCUACUUUUAAGGUUCACUUAUCAGUAUGAUAAUGAAUGAUUCGCAGUCAGUUUCAGCAUAUUGCAGUUUUGUUGAAUGCUGUUGCUUGCUACAAAACUGAGCAAAGAGACAUUGUAUUGAUAACAAAUUUAUUUAUGGAAAACUUAAAUUCUAAUUUCCAAGGGAACUGCAACAUCAAAGAGUGACCAACCUGGUGCAGGAAUCGCUGAUGUUCAACUUCAACUCUACAAUGUCAACCUAGAUGGUCACCAUAGUCAUACCACAUGCUUGAGCCAACAGUUACCAGAUGUACAUGUCUGUGGAAAUGGUGCCAAACAAAAUGGCACCUCAGAGGAUUCUCAGAAGGUUUAAUUACAUCUUUUUGUGCCUUAUUUGUCAUAAAUUGUUAUCAUUAUUAUUUUCAUUAUUAUUACUGAUAUAACCUACAUACAUAUUCUUGCUAGAAACAGUUGUCUUGAAAUUAGAUACAGUAUUUCCUUGAAGAAGCACCCAGGCACCCAUUAAAAAUUUCAGUUUAAAGAAGCCAUGCUUUUUGAAAGGAGGGCACUUCAUUGAUUGGGGGUUUAUUGAGUUAGCCUAGCAAUGAGAACAGAUAGGACACGUGAAGGAACUCUUCAAGGUUGUGGAGAUAGAAGUAACUGAAACAGGAAGAAACUAUUGUCCUGUACUGAUUCUGCUGCAGUUGAAGCUUAAAAUGUUUUGAAUGAAGUGCCCAAAGAAACUGGUUUUCCUCGUGUUACUACCAUUAAGAAAGCGAGGAAGGUGGGGAUGGUAAUUUAAUUGGGAAAGAGUGAUUAUUAGAGUAUGAGUGCUUAUUCAAGGAAAUGUGGUAUAAAAUAAAAAUUAUGGCCAUCUUUGUUCUACUUCCUUAACUUGAAAAAAAGGAAAAUAAAAAUGCUGAAAAGCAAGUAACUUAUUUACAAAUAUGCUAUUAUAACUACUCUGAUUAUGGUUGUUACUAUUAUCACCUCUACCAUUACAAAGUAAAGCAAGACUAAAGCAAUCUUGAUCUUCUGUGUAAUUUUAGUGCUUGAAAGUGUUUCUGGAAAUAUGGGAGUUCUUAAUGUGAAGUGAUAUUGUUUAUAAUGCAGUUUGUUGAAGGGACAUCAUCACCAAAAAAGAAAGUUGCUCCUGUUGCGUGGAUGAUUAUCAUUGGGGAUGGACUUCACAACUUUAUAGAUGGCUUGGCUAUCGGUGCAUCUUUCUCCAGUUCAACAUUUGUUGGCCUCAGCACAGCUCUGGCUAUAUUCUGUGAAGAAUUGCCUCACGAACUAGGUAGUAGUUUGUCUCUUUUCUGCAUUCAGCCUUAUAGGUCAAUGAACUUCUCUCAGUACUGUUUCAUUGUAGAGUUAUCCUUAAUAAGAAAAAGUACUACAAGAACCCACAUUUGAGUGACACUCAAAUGGCUGAAUGCAUAGUUAACCUUUAUCAAAAUGCUAGACUUUUUAAACUUUCCCCAGAUUUGCAUAAUUUGCCAGGAACCCCACAUUAGUAGGACUCGAGUAGCCUUUAAAACAACUGCUGUCAGAAACGGUGACUCACCAGUCAUCAUCAGAGUCACUUUGGAUGGGCAUCCGUCAUGAUGCUGGUCACAUUAUGCAAUUGAUUACCAGCUACAAGCCUUUCCCCUAAAAUUAUGGCAUGUUUUAAAAUGUAGGCUAACUAUAAGGAGAUUUAGCUUUGAAUAUUAGCCUAACAGCUUCUCAUAUCAUUCUCAAAUUUCUUCAUUAGGGGAUUUUGCUGUUCUUCUCAAUGCUGGCAUGACUUACAAAAUGGCCAUGGGAUUUAACUUCCUUUCAGCAUGUGCAUGCUAUUUAGGACUGAUUAUUGGACUUUUGCUUGGUUAUGCAACAUCAGCAGUCAAGUGGAUCUACGCCCUUGCUGGGGGAAUGUUCAUCUACAUUGCUUUGGUUGACAUGGUAAACACUAUGUUCCUUUUAAACUCUUCCAAUCUUUUAUUUUUGUAAGCCAGGCUUUUCCGGUUAUUUAGGUCAUGCAUUGUCUCAAGAAUUUGAAAUUUGGAUGUCCCUAUAGAGAAUAGUCAUGGAAGGGAUGUUUAGGAAGUGUUAGGAAGAGAGUAAUUUGAAUUUUUUUGGAGUUAAUUCCUUUAGGGCAGCAGUUCUGAGUAAAAUGGGAUUUUACUCUGGUUUAACAAUCUACUUAAAUUAUGGGAAGUAGCUACAUAAGCCGCCUCUUCUUGAUCACCAAGCAAGCAUUUCAGAUAAAGAAUAAAUGGUUUAUUUAUCCUAAAAUAUACCAAUUUCUGUUAAUAGGAAGGGCAAGUCAAAAUACAAACUACUGAAAAUACUCAGCGAUACUACACAUCAGAAUGUCUUAUAAAUUAUUUACUAUCCAACUGCUUUUUUUUCUCUGCCAAGUCUUUCUGCUCAUUUCCCAUAAGGUGGGAGAGGCAAAGCAGAUGGAGAAGAGUAGCGCGCGCAGCCGAUUGGUUCAACAGGUUUUUUUUACCUUACAAAAUAACCAACUGUCCAAAUAACCGUACAAUAUCGCAGGAAGUUUGAACUUUAUUCGCGCGUUAUUUGUACUGUACCUUCUGCUGUUGGAUAAUCAUGUUGAGAACUCUGUAGCAGAGAAUGAGUAACUUGGUUGAUCAGUUUUGAGUCUUGAUGGGCUCUGUUGUAGCGUGCAAUUGUGAUUUCAUGAAUAAUUUUGAUAAGUAUGAAUUGAUGUUACAUAAUGACAAUAAGUACUUAUCCGUGUUAAAUAAAUAUUUACUACGCUCAUCAUUUUUAACAGUUGGAGGAAGCCUCUGAGAUGUCUGUCAAGAUUGGUAAAAGUUCCAUUCGCAAGAAUCUCAAGACUUUUGCCCUUCAGAAUUUUGGCAUGAUCUUUGGUUUUGUAGUCAUGUUUCUUUUGGCUCUGUAUGGAGGGGAGAUUUCAGUGGAGUAAGAUAUUAAUCACACAAUCAAUUUUUUUUGGGUGAGCCAGUAUUUUUAAUUCUCGCCAAAUACUGAUGUUGACUUACAAUAACUUGGGGUGCUGAAAGUGAAAUUGUUUAGUUAUUUAAACUACAUGAGUUUUGUAUUGAAAAUACUAACAAAGUCAGGGUUCUUAAAACCGCAGUUAUAAUGACUGAAGAUGAAGUUUAUUUUGUGGUUGAAAUUUAUCCCUCUUUCAUUUUCAGAGGUUUGUUUAUUUGUGCUUGAACAUUAAAACGCGUGUAACUGACUGAUGAAGAAUAUAAAAUGUUAGAAAAUGAAAACUGAACCGGGAUAAAAUUGAAUCUCAAAGUGUGUUGAGAAUUAUUGGACACAUAAUCAGACGUUUCUCGCGGAGGGAAUCGAAACGAGGGUCGUAAGUAAUCGGAAUUGUAUCGGCCUUUGUCUGCUUUGCUAUAGAUGGUCUUACCAAGACAUCGCUCAGUGACUGGUUCAGAAAAAAAAACUUGCGCUCCUCUCCGGACCAAUCAGGUAGUAGCAAAACAAUGUAUUUUCCCUCACAGCGGUCAGACGUCGUGCAUGCGCAAUUUGAUCAGUUUCGGCCAAUGUACGCUGAGGAAACAAGAGUAGCAAUCAAUGUUUCGUAAAAUUAGCAAAGAAAAAAUGAAACUUUCCCUGAAGUUUACGGAAGGAAACAGAAUUGGUGAAGAAGAAAAGUUGUGCUUUUUUAUUCGAACAUAAUAGUAAUUACAGAAAAAUUCAGUUGAUUUUCUAUUUUUGUUUCGAGCUAUACCAAGAAAUUAUAAAUUUUGGUUGUUUCAAUUUGUCGCUUACAAACUGAAAACCAAGCCGCCAUUUUGAAUGGCUGUUAGCCUUUUCUAUAUUCUCACAUGCGCACACUUUUGAUUGUGUUUCCGCGUAAGACGCAACAGACAUGCGUAGAGCGCUCCCUUUUUGGGAGAAAGGUGUGUUGUGUUUAAUCACUAUCACCCCUUCCACUGUAACCUAGGAAAAGAAACUUUCACCAGCUAUUGAACUGAUUGAAGGCCUUCCAGCUAACAAUUUCAUUAAUUUUUUUUAAGCUCCAUUGGCCUAUCGCUAAAGUAAUUUUUAUCGCAUAAAAAAUUGUUUUGGAAGGAUACGGUAGCCUUGAGCGAUUGUCAUUUAGUUUAACCAAAAAAAAAUUAUCAGUUCUUCUAGCUGGGCGUUAGUGUUCUUUGCUUUUCGCAGAUACGAGAAUCUGCUAUUACUUUAUGAAUUUUACAAUUUAUUUUUAUUGAUAAGAAUAAUUGUAACGAAUAUUUAAACUUUUCUUAUGUGUAGUGUAAUGUGGAAAUUUUAUUUGCCAAUUACGAUUUCAGCCAGGCAAUUUUUUGACUUUUUAACCUUGAUAUGUGAUUUUCAGCAUCAGUUGUUCUUAUUAACCUUAAUGAUUUCAGAUAUCGAUUCUUUGAAUUGCGGUUUAUAUGUAUUUAUUGAAGAAAAAACUCUCCAUACGAAGUAUUUUUUUGUAGAAUCAACAGGGGAUGUGUGUUCUUUACAUUUCUGAAAACUCUAAUUCGUGUACUUAUUCAUUUCACACUAUUCGUUAUACUAUAAGGAUUCUCUCUCGAAAGGAUAAAAUGUCUCAAAUCAGUGGAGACUGUCACAGAUUGAAGCUUAAGGAAAACACGAUAGUUUCUUUCCAUAUGAAGGAGCGCUUGACUUCAGGCCACGAACUUUAAAACUCGCGAAAAUACGCUCCGCCCAUCAAUCACAUACAAAUGAUUGCUGAAAAAUUCUGCAGGGAGACGGGGGCUAAGGGUUGAGGGUGGGGAAGUUAUUUGCCUUCGAUAUACUUACUUAACCCCAAACCUUUACGCAUUGUAAAUCUACAUUUUACCUUUGUUAAAUGAAUAUGUUACUGAGCAAGUUUAUUAAAUAAUUCUUGUGCACUUUCGAGGAAAAGGUAGGUGGCGUGGCUGGCUUACAAAAACGAUUUAAGAGUGAGAUAUUU